AGAUUGGCUAUGCAACUGUUGUCUCUUUUUUGCUCUCCUCUUUGCGCCUCUCUCGAAAGCAAGAUUCAGGUUCAUCUCACCAUCAUUUCUUGCUGAUCCCAUCAAACGGUGCGGACAUGGCAUUCAAUACCGUUCGCAUAAUUACUGAUGCUUCUAAUGAACAGCCGAUGACAAAGUUAAGGUCUGUUGAUGGUAGCUCAGAUGGCACCAACGAUAACAACACCAACAAUAACAGUAAUAACCAUCAUACAGAUCCAAGAGAAAGCACAAAUAGCAGCAGAAGCAAGGACGUUGGCGUGCCAGCUUUAGAGCACCUUACUCUUAGUUCCAACUGUACGUCAGCUUUAAGAGUCGAUGACGCAGACGAGAAUAGCGUCGACGACAAUCAGACGCAGUUCUUCCGUCUCUCCGGAACGAAACAAUGCAUCUACUACCAACAACCUUGACCUCGACUUUCAAAACGAGGAUCCAUUCUCAAUAUCAGCUUCCCCUUCACUCAGAAGGAGCACUGUUGCCCGACCUGCAUUGGCGGCUACUGCUGCUGUACCUGGAGAAUCAUCAAUAGGCGAGACGUUAGUAACGACAUCAUCAUUAUCGCCAUCAGAUACCCCCCCAGAAUUGCCUCCACCACCAGCUUAUGAUCAAAUUGAAGGAUCACGGUCCAUUCAGGAGACAACUGCCUCAACAUCGCCACCAGCGAGAGUCAUCGAAGAAGAAUCAGGAAAUAGACAAGUUGAGUCGAGGAGAAUAACACCACCACCACCGACCCCUGCCAGAGCAUCGACCCCCGCCAGAGCAUCGACCCCCACCAGAGCAUUGAUCCCGCAGGGAGCACGAUCAGUGAAUGAAUAUGUGUUGAAACCCAUUGAUUGGAUUGAUCCAGCGACUGGAGCCGAGAAGCACAUCAAAAUCAUCACACAAAAUGAAAAUGGACCUUGUCCACUCCUUGCGCUAUGUAAUACAUUGAUUCUUCAAGGAAAAGUCGCCAUCACCCCCUAUGAUCGUCCUACUAUCGCAUACGAUCACUUGCUGGAGCUACUUGCAGACCAUCUUUUGCAUGAAGAUCCGGACCUCAAUCCUUCUCCCUCUACCUCAUCAGUAAUGGAUCGAACAGGACAGAGAGUAAAGAUUGAGAAACAGAAAUCACGACUUGAAAUCGAAUCAGCGUUGCGUCUUCUUCCUCACUUGGAACAUGGGCUUGAUGUAAAUGUUUAUUUCAAAUCCAUACGUGGGUUUGAACCUACAGCAGAACUGGGCCUAUUUCACACAUUUGGCGUGGAAUUGGUUCAUGGAUGGGUUGUUAGCCCAGUGAUUGAUGCACCUAUGUAUGCACUCGUGGAUGGACCUGCAGGGAUCACCAGUUACAAUAAAGCAGUGGAGUGUAUCGUCAGUGGCGAUGAUGCAGGGGGUGGACUAGUGGUUGAAGAUUUAACAGGCAAUAUAGCUCCAAUUUCAUGGUCAGACCAAAGUCCACAGGAUGUUGCCCUACGAAACGAAAAGAUAUCACAGGCCUUGGUGGUUCAAGAAUUUAUGAAUAUGACCAAGACUCAGUUGACACAUUAUGGGCUACAUGUACUGCAGGAGAGCCUACCGGAGGGGCAUUUAUGUGCAUUCUUCAGGAACAAUCAUUUCUGCACACUCUUCAAAAACCCGAUGGAUGGCAUUCUAUAUACCCUCGUCACGGAUCAAAGCUUGGCCCAUGAAAAAUCAAUUGUUUGGGAAUCACUGGCGACUGUAGACGGUGCGGGCGAGUUUUUAGAUGGACUUUUUAGACACGGAGCACUUGAAGUGGGCGAUUAUGCUCGUAACAACCAACCACUCGAAUCACAGCAUUCUGCCCAUGGCGAUGGUGGUGGAGAUGAAGAGUAAGCUGGCCAGCAGAGUGCUGUACUGUAUAAAAUGCUUUUUGUUUG